AUCAGUUGAACAUCCAGGCAACAACUUGUCAGUCGUGCUUGAGAGUUAACGUGGUUAAGAAUCUCAUGCGUAAUCGUCAUUCAUAAAAAUUUUACAAAAUCUCAGGAACGAACGUUAAUUGAAGAAGAAUAGAAACUGAAUUAAAAUUCAAAUUUGUUCAAGUAAAACUCAAAAAUAGACAAAAAAGUGGAGUAAAACCAUAAAAAAACAUAAAAAAAGUUGAAAUAUUUUAAAAAGUGAUAAAAAAAGAUAAGAAUCGAGAUUAAAAAAUCAACCUUGACAUUCGUCACUUUGGUUUUUUCAACUGUUGCGUAUCUAUUACGUCAGAAUUUGAGUCAGUGAUCCCAUGAAAGUUCGCUUAACUCUCAGAAAAACGAAUUUUAGUUAAAAAAUGCAUUCCACAACGACAAAUAAUGAAGGAGACAAGUUCAAAAUCGGUUGUAUUGACUUCACGGCGGGAUCUUUAGGCGGCGUAGCUCUUGUUUACGUGAGUCAACCUUUGGAUACCGUAAAAGUCAAGAUGCAAACCUUCCCUGAUGCUUACAAAGGCAUGACAGAUUGUUUAGUGAAGACUUUCAAGCGAGAUGGCGUCGCUCGAGGACUUUAUGCGGGAACAAUGCCCGCUGUAGCUGCCAAUGUCGCUGAAAAUUCGGUACUUUUUGCGGCGUACGGCGCGUGUCAAAAUGCCGUCGGUUACUGCAUCGGUCAACAUGACAUCAAGGAAUUAUCUCCGUUGGCGAAUGCAACUGCUGGAUUUCUCGCUGCUUUCUUUUCUUCCUUCACAUUAUGCCCAACGGAGCUGAUAAAAUGUCGACUUCAGGCGAUGCGCGAGGUUCAAACGCAAAAAGGACAAGUUGGAGCGGCGCUCGUGAGUCCCUACCAGCUGACAAAAAGUGUUUUGAAGACAGAAGGCGUUCCGGGACUGUUUCGGGGAUUGACAUCGACGUUCGCGCGUGAAAUGCCGGGAUACUUUUUCUUCUUCGGAGGUUAUGAGUUGUCACGAAAUUAUCUUGCGAAUCCCGGAGAGACAAAAGACGAAAUAGGACCAUUGAAGACGAUGUUAGCAGGAGCAAUUGGAGGCAUUUGUUUGUGGACUGCGAUUUUCCCUGCAGAUGUUAUCAAGUCAAGGAUUCAAGUUACGGGCACUACAAGAGGAAUGUUUGACGUUGGAAUCGAAAUUUUCAAGAAAGAAGGCGCUCUUGCGUUGUACAAUGGAUUAAAACCGACCGUUUUGAGAACAAUUCCAGCGACGUCGGUGCUAUUUUUGGUAUAUGAGUACACGAAAAAGUUCCUUACACAAAAAUUUGUCGAUUAAAAAGCAUUUUGCUUUGAAAAAAUUUGUUUUUGUAACGAAAAUUUAAGUUUAUAGGGGCAAAUUUUUAAUUUUUUAAUAGAAAUCCAACGUUUUUGACCACAUUUCCACUUUUAA